CCGCGUUUGAGCAAUGGCAGCGGUACUUAGUGUUCGAUAAGUGUAAUAAGUUCGUAAGUGUAAUAAAUAAUAUUGUUCGCAAAGUUUUAAAUCAUUAUCCUAUAUUAAUGGCAUCGUUGCAUCCUUUUAUGAUUCGGAUGAAUAACGUUGAUCGAUCAACACCUUUUAGCAGCCGGAUGCGCAGAAGACGCCUCUGUUCGACUAAUUCGAGCAUCUCGAACCACUUUGCAGAUCCGAACAAUAAUGAACUGCUUCUACCGAUCGUUAACCCAUCGCGAAACCGAUACAGGCUGUCGGCCUAUAUUUACAAACCAAUACUACCGGUUAUCGACGAACCUACGGACACUGCUGAACAAUCACCACAGCUGGCUGUACAUCUGUUCGAAGGAUGCGCUGUAAUGUUACGGAACGAGCUAACCAUACCGGUGUCAACGGAACGAUUUCUUGCAUCCGGGCGGCUCACCUGUCAAGAUAAUGUCGUUACAUCGAUGGCGUAUUACGUUCCGCGGAUGGUUCCCGUUGCGAUCGUUUCCACCUCAUAUCCUUGCUACAACGCAGAGUUGCAAACGGAAACGAUUAUCUACUGCACAAAGAUUGAAUUCCGCCGCAGAUAUACAUCAGUAGCGACUCUAACGGUCGAUAACGAUCGAUACAAGGAAGAUCGUGAUCAGCAGCCAUCUUUCGUGUCAUACGCCUGCUGGAAUGUUUCGGAAUAUGUAGAAGAAUGAAUGAAACAAUCGUAACGAGU